AUGCCGGCGACCAACGAGGGCUGGCCGGAGGCGUUCGGGUUCUCCAUCGGCGGCCGCGGGCCCUGCUACGUCCUUUGGGUGGAGGAAGGCAGCAGCGCGGCGGCAGCAGGCCUGCGACCAGGGGACGAGGUGCUGGAGCUGGAGGGGCAGCCCGUCGCCUCGCUGGGUCGCCCGGCACUGCUGGCACUGGCCCGGCGCUGCGCGGCCGUGCCCCCCAGCAUCGGGGUGCUGUCCCGCCUGCAGCGCGCCGACCUCCCCCCAGGGACCCGUGGUCCGCUUCGGCUUCAGCUGGCGGGUGGCAGCCCCCCGCGGGUGGCCAGCGUGGCCCCCGGCUCGCCCGCUGCUGCCUGUGGCAUCGCGCCCGGGGACGUGGUGCUGGAGGUGGACGGCGUGCCCGUGAGGUGCCCCGCGGCCGCCGCUGCUUUGGUGGCCUCCUGCGGUGGGCGCGCUCUGCGCCUGGGGCUGCUGCGUCCCCAGCGGGACCUGGGGCACAGCACCGAUGCCGUGCGCCAGGAGAGGAAGCAGAAAGCACGGGAGUUCAGCAAAAAGGUGGACGACAUCCUGGGGGAGCAGCCGGAGCUCAAGGAGAAGGUGUUCACCGUGCUGAAGCAGUACGCGGCGGAGCGCAAGGUGGAGUGCCUGGCCUCUGCCCUCUGCAUGGUGCUCACGCAGGAGUCCCACCAGCAGCUCAUCGACAGCAUCAGGAUUUUCAUCCCCAAGAAGCACCGGCAGCGCUUUGACGAGGUGGUGUCGCAGAGCCUGAUCAGCAAGCUGUGCCGCUCCAAGAGCCAGCAGCACAGCAACCGGCUGCGGCGCAGCCGGAGCGAGGACCACCAGGAGCGGCUCCUCGUGUCCACCCGCGCCAGCUCCGUGCCCCGCAGCCACGAGGAGGCCAGCAGGAGCCUGCGGAAAAGCACCUCGCUCAUCACCAGCAAUGUGCCCUCGGGGGCUGCCCGCAGAACCGUGCGGGUUUAUAAAGGCAACAAAAGCUUCGGCUUCACGUUACGUGGACAUGCACCAGUGUGGAUCGAGUCUGUCCUGCCAGGGAGCCCAGCUGAGAAGGCUGCGCUCAAAGCUGGAGACCGAAUCCUAUUUCUCAACGGCCUGGACAUGAGGAACUGCUCCCACGACAAGGUGGUGUCGAUGCUGCAGGGCAGCGGGGCGAUGCCCACCUUGGUGGUGGAGGAGGGGAUCGUCAACUUCUCCAACGACUCUGACUCUGCUGACUCCCCGACCGCCUCCUCCGCGCUCACCUCCCUGCAGUGGGUCGCAGAGAUUCUCCCCUCUAGCAUCAAGAUUCAAGGGAGGACCUUCCACCAGCAGCUGGAGCACCUGCUCACCCCACCUGAGCGCUAUACCAUCUGCAAAGCCCUGGAAAGCUUCUUCCAACAUCGGAAUAUUGACACUCUCAUUGUGGAUGUGUACCCGGUGCUAGACACACCAGCCAAGCAAGUCAUUUGGCAGUUUAUCUACCAGCUGCUGACGUACGAAGAGCAGGAGCACUGCCAGCAAAAGAUUGCCAGGUUUCUUGGUUACAAGUCCUUGGCAGCCGAGCCAGAGGCAGAGGAGCGCUACCGCAGCUCCGUGCGAGGGGCCUCCCUGUGCCGGGGCAGCCUUCGGACCCCCCGCCCCGAGGAAGGGGGGGCUGCAGGUCAGAGUGACACCGUGGAGGUCCCGGUUCGCCUGAUCCCUGGAGAGAGGCAGGCUGGGGACGGCACAUCCCUGCCAGAGACCCCCAACCCCAAAAUGAUGUCGGCUGUGUACGCAGAGCUGGAAAACCGCCUGCUGGGCAGCUUCGCCAGCAAGAUGGGCACUGCUGCCCUGCACAGGGCAUCGCCUCCGGCCCCGGAGCCAGCGCGCACUGCAGGUUCCCGCAAGUCGGGGGUGCCACUGUCGUGGCCGAGCGACCCGCUGGCCUCCCAGCAGUGCUACUACCGCCUGCACAGCAGCAUGCCCUCCCCGAGCAGCACCGAGUCCAACCCCUACGUCAGCCUGGACAGCAGCCCGGCCCCGUCCCCCCGGCACCGCCAGUACCCGCUCAGCCCGCUGUCACGGCGGAAGAAGCUCUUCACCUUCUCCAGGCCCCCGCGCAGCCGCGACACCGACCGGUUCCUGGAUGCCCUCAGCGAGCAGCUGGGACACCGGGUCACCAUUGUGGAUGAUUUCCUCACCCCUGAGAAUGACUACGAGGAGAUGAGCUUCCACGAUGACCAGGGCAGCUACGUCACCAACGACGUCAGCAGCAGCGAGUACAUCAGCAGCAGUGACGAGGGCAGCUCCCUGACCUACUCCACGCUCUCGGACCACAUCCCCCCCCCUCCGCUCAGCCCCCCUCCGCCACCGCCCCCCCUGCAGUUCCACGACCCCCAGGCCGUCCCCGCGAAGGCGGAGGCCACCAAGGCGAGCGUGUCGCCCGCCCCCAAAUCCCUCAUCAGCCACCUGCACCCCAUCCCGCCCCCUCCACCCCCACCGCCGCCCCCCCCGGUGCCCUGCGCGCCCCCCCUGCACCGGGGGCUGCUGCACCGCAGGAGCGAGACCAACCACAUGAGCGUCAAGAGGCUGCGCUGGGAGCAGGUGGAGAACUCAGAAGGGACCAUCUGGGGGCAGCUCGGGGAAGACUCGGACUACGACAAGCUGAGUGACAUGGUCAAAUACCUGGACCUGGAGCUGCACUUCGGGACGCAGAAACCAACCAAGCCAACUCUCUUGCCUGAAACCUUUAAAAAGAAAGACGUGGUUGAAAUUUUGUCCCACAAAAAGGCUUACAACACAUCCAUCCUGAUCGCCCACCUCAAGCUCUCGCACAUGGAGCUGCGCCAGAUCCUGAUGACGAUGGAGACGGACCGCCUGGAGCCCUCUCACAUCAAGCAGCUCCUGCUCUACGCCCCGGAUGGGGAGGAGGUGCAGCGCUUCCAGAGCUACAAGGAGAACCCCGGCAAGCUGAGUGAGCCCGACCAGUUUGUGCUGCAGAUGUUGUCAGUACCAGAGUACAAGAUCCGUCUGCGCAGCCUACAUUUUAAGACCACCCUGCAGGAGAAGACGGAGGAGAUCAAAGCGAGCUACGAGUGUAUCUGCAAGGCCUCUCUGGAGCUGAAAAGCAGCAAGAAGCUGGCUAAAAUUCUGGAGUUUGUGCUGGCAAUGGGAAACUACCUGAACAACGGGCAGCCCAAGACCGGCAAAACAACAGGCUUUAAAAUCAACUUCCUCACCGAGCUGAACACGACCAAGACUGUUGAUGGGAAAUCCACCUUCCUGCACAUCCUUGCCAAAUCACUUAGCCAACACUUCCCAGAGCUCCUGGGCUUUGCCAAGGAUCUUCCUACAGUGCCGCUCGCUGCCAAAGUGAACCAGAGAACGCUGACGGCCGACCUCAAGGACCUCCACACCACCGUCAGUGACAUACAGGUGGCCUGCCACAACAUGCCCGCUACCGCAGAGGACAGAUUUGCAAUCGUGAUGACUUCCUUUCUGGAGAGUGCCCAGCCCGCCAUGCGCUCGCUGGAUGACCUGCAGCACAAGGCCAUGGAAGAAUUCGGCAAGGUGCUGUCCUUCUUCGGGGAAGACUCUAAAAUGACAACUUCAGAAUCUUUCUUUGGCAUUUUUGCAGAAUUCAUGAGCAAGUUUGAGCGGGCACUCACUGACGUGCAGGUUGGUGAGAGCCAGCGCAGCCCCAGGAUGACGUCCCCCCUUGCCUGGUGACAGGCCGUGGCAACGCGAGGUGCAACCAUUUAUUGCCAACAAAGUGCAAUUUGCUCCCGUUGAGUUUGGUUGUAAAUACACUGCUGCUGCCUGCUACCACCGAGCAGAGCCGCGGGCCGAGGGGCCGGGGCAGCUCGGACACUGAACGGGCACCACAGAUGGAAGCGAGGGUGAGGCACGGGCACAGGAAGGCAAACACCGCCUUGGUUUGACAGCGUCCUUCUUAGCAUCCUCCAUUUCAAGUGUAUUGCAGAAUCAAGGGCUUCAGACACAGCCGGGUAGAACCCUGCUGCCCUGCGUCCUGGCACCAGCAGCUGUGGGAUCCCUGCCCCUGUCCCCUGUCCCCUGUCCCCAUGGCCAGUGGUGCAUGCGCAGGGUCCCUGCCCCUCGUGCAGGAUGUCCCCUCGUGCCCAAGCAGUCCCCUCACAUCUGCAGAGCUGAUCAGGCUGGGAUGGGAGCACUGGGGAUGAGUGUGACCCUCUUGAGCCCCUGUGCACUGGAUGUGCACGGCGUGGGGCUGCCUGCGCAGGCGGCAGAGGUCGGGUGCAGACCACUGGUGGUGGCCCGGAGGCUCUGAUGCCUGCCACUGCCGGCCAGUGGCAGUGAGAAAAGACAGCACCUUGCAUGGCACACCCAUGUGGUGCCAACCUCGGGUCCAGGCUGGUUGUACCCAGCUGCUCAGGAGAGCAAGGAAAGCCCCAGAGCCCUUCUGGCCAUCAGCUUUGCUUAAAGGUGUGGCAAUGGCUGAUAAAAAAUCUUGUUGGUAAUUUGAUGUCAUCAGCCCCAGACUUACCUGAGCUCGCCAGGAGACACAAACCCCUGAGCAUUUUGGUGCCUCCUUGAAAAGCACAAAAUCCUUAGUAGCUUCAGAAUGAGAGGGAGCCCUCUGAAGCCUCGGGUACUGCCCCAAGGGACAGCAGAGCACAGCCAGAAACAUCUCCUGUGCCCUCUGGUAUCCGCUGCCAGGGGCUGGGGUCCUUGCAGUCCCUUUGGCGCACCGCAUGAUGUGACCAGUUUGUGCUGGAUAUACCCAGGGAACUCUAGGAGCAUUCAUGCCCAUCUCCCAACAACAGCUGAUUGUUCUAUACAUUAAUUAAAUUCCCUGCGAGCUGUCGCCAGGACAAAAGGGCUAAGAGCACCCUGCGGGCAGUGCAUGCGCCUCCAGGCAACGCAGCACCCCAAGAGCUUUGCGGCAGCAGAACUACCGUGCGUUAAUAUUGUGAGGCAUUGCUCCGUGCAAAAUGCAUCCAUUGCCUUUCCAACCCGACACGCUCCAACCUCCCGGCCCGCCGCAGCCUCGGUGAGCCUCUGCACGUCGAUGCCAGAGCAAGAGCUCUUCCUGCAGCCUGUGCUGAAGCGCAGAACCACCAACCGGUGCAUUAUUUAUGGGAGACCUUACGACCAUCACAUCUUCGGUUUUCAUUAUUUUUUAAACCCUGCCGUAGAAAGUGAAGUGUUUUCACAGCGUUUUCAGCCCAUACAGUUGCAAGUGCCAGGUAGUUUCCAGCCUUGUGCCGGCGGAGCCCAGCCCUGCCCGUCUCGGUCUCUCCUCUCCACUGACGGUGGCGACAGGGCAACGCGCACUCAGCUCCACUCCCCAGUUUGGGUGUUGCACACUGCUUUCAGUUGAUUUUUUUUUUUUUUUAAUAAUUAUGUUAAACAUUUAAACUGCUGGAGUUUAUUUUGAAACUGUCAUUAAAAAUAUGAACGUGCUGUACAUAGAUUUUGCUACAUGUUGUAACUUUCCAGAAUAGUUAGAACUCCGAUCCCUUUGGUAUUUUUAUGUGAAUAUUUUCAAAGAACCAGAACUUCUGAGAUACAACUAUAUUAUUUGAUAACGGGACUCUGUAUAUUCACAAUUCAGUCUCUACCCAAUGCCUAUGUGCUAUUCCCAAAAUAAAGCUACUGCCUUCUGCCUCCUGACUGCA